UUUGAAAAUGGAGGGUCUGGAUCAUGGUGGACUAGUCAAUGAAGAAUAUCAAGAAAUAAGGACUAUUUACAGCAAUGGAAGAGAACCGAUUGGACUUACAAAUGUCGUGGUUGAUCCCUUUGAAGAACUUAUCUGGGCUGGAAACCAAUCGGGUCAUGUCACGUCUUACUUUGGACUCCAACUACAAAAAUACACAGCUUUUCAAGCCCAUCCCAGUGAGAUAAGACACAUGUUGAUAGAUGACAGAGGAAUACUAACCCUCUCUUGUAAUCAUUUACGUUAUGGGAAGAGAACAGGAUUAAGAAUAUUCAGUUUAAGUGAGCCGAGCAUGUGUAACCUACAGUGUAUGCUACAAAGAGACAACAGCAACUUGUUGUUAGCUGGACAUCAAGACCACAUGAUUGAAGUAGACCUUAAGACUGGAACUGUUACUGGAGAGGUUGAAGUCGAUCCAGGCACAGUUGUAAUGAAGUGGUCUUCUAGAUAUAUUUGCUGUGGGGAUACCAAGGGAAAGGUUACUUUACGUGAUCCAGUUACCCUGCGAUCAGAGCACGUUCUUGAUGCACAUUCCGGAACGCUAUCAGAUUUUGAUGUUUCUGGUAACCUGGUGGUGACUAGUGGGUUCUCUUCAAGGCAUGGUCAUUUGACAGUUGACAGAUUAUUGAAUGUCUAUGAUUUAAGAACCCUCAGAGCUCUCCCACCAGUACAGGUCUCUAUUGAUCCUCUAAUAUUGAAGUUUCUACCAUCCUUCACUUCACGCCUGGCAGUCGUUUCACAGUCAGGUCAGUUCCAGUUUUGUGAGCCUGGUGGUCACACGACGGCAUCAUCAAUGUGUGUUUACGGCAUUAAUCCUCAUGGGGGUUCCUGUACUGCUCUAGAUGUGUCAUCUAAUUGUCAUGCCAUGGUAUUUGGGGAUUCCAGUGGAUACAUGCAUUUGUGGGGUGACACUAAAGUUGCGGAUGUAUCAUUCAAUGCGUAUUCUGGGCCAACUGAGUUUGCUACAGAGGUACCUCACUCUCAGCCAUUAGCUAUAGAUGACUAUUCUGUUCCCCUUUCUUCAUUCCCUCUACCUUAUUCCAAUGAACCCCUGUUUUCUGACUGGACGGCAGAACUGAGUGUGAGACAGAGCAGAAAUCCCCUGCCAAUUGAUCCUGACAUUCUUCGUACGAUGGUCAUACAGCAAUUCAUUGGACAUGCACCAAAGCCUUCAAAUAAAAAAAGAAACCAGUGGCCAUACCAAGCCAAACCAGCGAACAUCAUGUCACAGACCAAAAAGAAAGAUGAUGUGGAAGUUCCUGAAUCACCAAUGAGUAGAGAGGACGACCCAACCAUUAUCAUCCCAAAGGCAUAUCGUCGAGUAGAGAUGAAAUACUCAAAGUUAGGUUUAAAAGACUUUGACUUUGGUCAUUACAAUAAGACAAAGUUUGCUGGGUUGGAGAUACAUAUUCCUAAUGCUUACUGUAACGCUAUGCUGCAGGUGUUAUAUUUCAUUGAACCAUUGCGAGUCGGUCUGCAGAACCAUAUAUGCUCUAGAGAAUUUUGUUUGGCUUGUGAGCUGGGUUUCCUGUUUUAUAUGUUGGACCAGUCAACUGGUGCUCCUUGUCAGGCGAGCAACUUUCUGCGAGCAUUUCGUACAGUUCCCCAGGCCUCAGCUCUUGGCUUAGUGUUGAACGAUAUAGAGGAAUCCACAGGAAAUGUCAAUUAUCCACGGCUCAUUCAAAGCUGGAUUCUAUUCGUUCUUCAGCAGACACAUCAGGAUACAUUGCGACCUAAAGUGGCCCCAGAAACAACCCCUGAGGAACUCCCUGAACAAACUCAAGAGAAAGCAGAGAACACAUCGAUUUUGGAGCAUCUUUUUGGAGCUGAGGUGGAGCAGUGGAAUAAAUGUCGAUGUGGAAAGAAUAGUACACGAAAGUCAUCUUCGCUGAUUUAUGAUCUGGAAUAUCCCGAUAUGUCAGAUAAACCACCAGCUACACCAGUGACCUUCGAAUCCAUCAUUGAGGCUACUUUAUGUCGCGAACAGUCAAUGCAGGCUUGGUGUGAUAAGUGUGGUCGUUAUCAACCCACAGUCCAGACACGUAAAGUGACCUCCUUACCAGAUGUACUGGCAUUCAACUGUCACGUGGAACAGRACAGUGAAAUUGAUCUGUGGAAGGUUCAACAAAAGCUCCUGAGCGUCCCUCAUCAUGAAGAGAAACCAGCGCAAACCACUAAACCCUGUCGAUAUGGAGAAAACUGUACGAGGUCUGGCUGCAAGUUUCGCCAUGAUGUAGUCAUAAUCGAGCCUGAAGAGGAACCGAAGUCCUGGAUUCCAAUGGCGAUCAAAAUACAAACAUCGGAAAGUGGUGAACUAGUGAUCACUAAGAUCGACGAAAAUGACAAGAAAAUCAAGUGUGGAGAGAAUGAGGUCAUCUAUGAUCUUCAUGCUACAGUAGGGUAUAUACAGGACUCUAGGGUAGGAGGGAACCUUGUAGCACAUGUCCAUGUUGGGACCACGUACCAUAGUAGGAAAGAGGGUGUUACGUGUGACCAGUGGUAUCUGUUUAACGAUUUCGCCAUAACACCCAUCUCCCCAAUCGAAUCUGUGGUAUUUAACUUGGAUUGGAAGGUACCUUGUAGUAUAGCCUACAUCAGAAGAGACAUUAACAGCAGACAUGAUCUAAAACUAUGUUCACCUAUCGAUGAUAGCAUUCUGUUCAGUAAUCAGUCCGUUCGUUCAGAUAAGGAAUUUCAAUCUCGUGCCUUUACUCGCCUCACACCAGAUGAACUUCCAGUAGAAGGAACCAUUGUUGCUCUUGAUGCUGAGUUUGUGACUUUAAACCAGGAAGAAGCAGAAAUCAGAAGUGACGGUACUCGAUCUACCAUUAAACCAAGCCAGAUGAGUGCAGCACGUAUAACAGUUGUACGAGGUGAGGGACCUCUUGAAGGCGUACCAUUCAUAGAUGACUACAUAUCUACCUCAGAACAGGUCGUGGAUUAUCUCACAAAGUUUUCUGGUAUCAAGCCUGGAGAUUUAGACGUCAGCAUCUCGUCCAAACACCUAACUACACUCAAAACUACUUACCUGAAGAUACGAGCCCUAGCAGACCGCAAGGUUAAGUUUGUAGGACACGGCUUGAAGAAGGACUUUCGGGUUAUUAAUAUUCUUGUACCUAAAGCUCAAGUGUUUGACACAGUGGAACUGUUCCAUCUGCCCAGACAAAGAUAUCUUUCUUUACGAUUCCUGGCUUGGUACUUCUUAAGGCUCAACAUUCAAUCUCAAACACACGACAGUACAGAAGAUGCUCGAACUGCAUUGCAGUUGUAUCGCAAGUACGUCGAACUGAGCCAAGAUCAAGCAGAGUUCAAGARUGUGUUGAAACAACUAUACGAUGAUGGAAGAAAAUGUAAUUUUAAAGUCGAAGGCAGCAGUGACGACUAAAUAGUUAUCGCUAUUUAUAUAACAUUACAAGUCAUACUAAAUGCAAAGGAUGUAAAUGAACUUUAAAGAAAUCAAUAAAAGAUUGUUCAUAUACUCAAAAA